UAUUUAUUAAUUAACACUAAAAUUUUCGAUGCUCCCUUUUCAUGUCCGACACUCUGUCGGUGAACGUCAACUGACUACCAAAUACACCCCAUCUUCCUCACUCCUUCCCUCCCUCCUCUCUCUCUCCCCCUCUCUCUCUCUCUCUCUCCACCGCCAUUCAAUCCCCGGCGAAGAAUUUACAGGAAUGUUAGGUUCUACCGGCCAGGGCCAGCACUGAACAGCGACGGAUGAUGUGAAAUGUUAUCGAGAGAAUAUUGUCGAUUACUGGGUUGUGAAGUACUACCCAUCCUUUCUCUCUAGCUACUCGCUCCCGACCUGUCUCUCCGCUAGUUCGGCCAGAUUUCACUCGAAAUCCGCAACGUUCACCUAUCUAAUUGGUGCUGAGAUGAAUCGGGUACAGAAUACCAAGACACACUCCUUAGAGAAGCAUUUCCCUGGAUGCUUGGGCAGAAUGGUGAAUCUUUUUGAUCUAGCCAAUAAUGUGAGUGGGAACAGGCUGCUGACCAGUAAACCGCACAAUGCAGGUUCUUCACUGUCGAGGAGUCAGUCAGACGUAGUGAGGAUGAUGGGUGCACCCUUUGGAGAUCAGAUCGAGGACAAAAUGAUAGUGUCGGAGUUUCAGAGAAGCUCCUCAAAUAAAAAGGCAAGUGGAACACCGAUGAAAACCCUUAUAGCUCAAGAGUUGUCCAGAGAAGUAGAUAGCAAUCAAAAGCCACCAAAUCUGGUUGCUAAGUUGAUGGGCCUUGAUGCCCUUCCACAUCAGCAGCCUGACUCAGGAGCACUAACAAGUCACACAAAGGGUUACUCGAGACGGUCAUUGAGUCACUCGGGAAUUCUACUGGAAUGUUGGGAGUCAGAUCAGAAUUUUUCGGACAAGGAAAUGCAAUGUUCGGUCCACCAUUGUCCUGAACAGAAUGAGUGCAAAGAUACUACAUAUGAAGUGUGGCAGCAGUGUCUGACCAAAAAACUCAGAGAUGGCUCACCCCAGAAGAGAAGGCCAGAUGGAAAUAUGAAUGACAGAAAGAUGGCUCUCAUUCGGCAGAAAUUCAUGGAACUCAAAUUUCUGGCUACUGAUGAAAAGGGCCGUAAGUCCAAAGAAUUUCAAGAAGCAUUGGACAUCUUAAGCUCCAACAGAGAUUUAUUACUGAAGUUUUUCCAGGAACCAAAUUCAAUUUUCUCUCAACAUCUCUAUGAUAUGCUGUCUGUUCCUCCACCUCCUGAGACAAAGCGCAUAACUGUUCUUAGACCGUCUUCCAAGGUGGCUGCAAGUGAUAAAAUGGCAGGGUUAGAAAAGAAGGUUGAUAAGCAGACCACAGAACCUGCACAGAUGAAUCAGGCCACUGCUGCUUGGGACAAUAAUAACUUUGGAUGCUCUCCCACACUUUCAAAUGAUGAAUAUUCUUCUGUGCAACCAACCAGGAUAGUAGUACUGAAGCCUAGUCCAGCAAGGACUUACGAUAUUAAAGCCGUAAUUUCACCACCAUUGCCAACACCAAGGGGAGAAGAGCUUAAUGGUGAAGCUGAAGAUCACGAGGCACAAGAAUCUAGAGAUGUUGCAAGUGAAAUCGCAAUGCAGAUGUGCAAAGAUCUGGUGGGUCGUCAGAGGGAUGAAACACUCUUGUCGUCUGAUGUAUUCUCAAAUGGUUACAUUGGCGAUGACAGUUCAUUCGACAAAUCGGAAAUUGAGGACCCAACUGGAAAUCUUAGCGAUUCAGAAAUAGCUUCCCCUAUUUCAAGACAUUCAUGGGACUAUGUAAAUAGGUUUGGUAGCCCAUACUCUUCCUCAUCAUUCAGUCGUGCAUCUUGCACUCCAGAGUCAUCUGUGUGCAGGGAAGCAAAGAAGCGGCUGUCUGAAAGAUGGGCCCUAAUGUCCUCAAAUAUGAGUUUACAGCAGGAGAACAACGCACGAAGAAGCUCAAGUACUUUGGGUGAGAUGCUUGCUCUCUCUGAUACAAAAAAGCCAGUGGUGUCUAAGGAAGAGCCUGAUAAAAAUGAACAAGAGCUCGAGGCAUCAACUUCCUCUUUAGCUUGUAACCAGACUAGGGAAGAUGGCAUCGACCAGUCUCCUAGAAGUCUUCUGAGGUCUAAAUCUCUUCCUGUCUCGUCUUCAAUAUAUGGCGUCCGGCUCAAUGUUGAAAUUUCUGAUUCUGAGGCCGUCAAAGUUGAACUCCCCAAGGAGUUGACCAGGACAAAGAGUAUGAAAUCAUCCUUAAAAGGAAAAGUUUCCAGCUUAUUUUUCUCGAAGAACAAGAAACCAAAAGAUCAAAACAGUGCAUCUCAAUCUGUCACCACAGAAGUGCCAUUGCCUCGUCCUGGACAAACUGGCAGCCAUCGAUCUUCAUGCAUUCACAAAACUGGCAUGGAACAGUGUUGCUCUCCCAGUUUAGAUGGAUCAUGUGAGAGUUUGAAACAAGGCGUUGCUUCUCAUGAGGGAGUCUUGACAGUUGCUAAGCCAGAAAUCGCACGGAGUACGAGCGAGAACCAAGAUCAGCCCAGCCCAAUCUCAGUAUUGGAAGCACAAUUCGACGAGGAUGACCUCAACAUUCCAGAGCUUUGUGCUAGCAUAAAGCUAGACCGGCGCGGACCAGAACUUCUCUCCAAGUCUAACUUGAUCGACAAGUCACCACCCAUCGAAUCGAUCGCUCGGACGCUCUCCUGGGAUGACUCCUCCUGUGCAGAGACUACUGCGUCAUCAUCCUCCUCCUACUCGCUAAAACCCUCAAGCGCGGAGGAAGAAGAGAGGGAUUUGCUUUCCUUCAUGGACACGCUACUGUCGGUAGCUGGCUUGGGCGGGCAGUCUCAGAUGGAAAUGGAGGACUCGAAUUUCCCAAGAUGGCAUUCGCCGCAGAGCCCACUGGACCCAUCGCUGAGAGACAAGCUUGCCAGCGAGACGGACAAGGAAGUUGCAGUCGUGCACGAAGCAAAGAGGAGACAGAUAAGAUCAAGCAGGAAACUUGUGUUUGACUGUCUCAACUUGGCACUCAGUGACAUUAUUAUCACGAGUCAUGGGCCCACUGUUGCUGGGCGUGAGUCACUACCGGCCAUGGAGGCGGUGGAGAAUGUGUUGUGCCGGUUGAGGGAGUGGGUCGGGAGGAGGGAUGAUGAGGAGGAAGGCGACAGCGGGAGCAGUGUGGUGGAGAGGGUGGUAAGGAAGGAGGUGGCGGGGAAAGGGUGGAUUGAUGGGCUGGCGACGGAGGUGGAGAGUGUAGGGAAGGAAAUAGAAGGGAAGUUGCUGGAAGAGCUGGUGGAGGAGGUGGUGGUUGAUCUGGCAAGCAGUUAGCGAUGGUGGGACUGAUAAUGAGGUUUCUUCUUCUGCUUCUUAUUAUUCCUCCUCUCUGUAGUGGGGCUAUUGAUUUCUUUUAACAUAUAUAUAUGUGCGCCUGUUCUCUCUGUGACUGGCUGUCGCAUACUUCUACUACUACCCCUAUUUGUUUAAAUUGUUGGGGGAAGAAAUUGGUGUGGUAGUGUUUCCGAUUGAUAAUUGGGUAGCCAUUGUAUGGUUUUAUAUGUAUUACUGGAAUUAUUAUUGGUAGGUGAGAUAUUAAAUUCUGAUGGUAGCUUGUACUAAGUACUAACCCUCUGUGGACAUUUUGCUUGUUUUCAUCACAACCUGGUUAACAAAGGAUGAAGGAAACCUCUUUGUAUAUAGGGUGGCAUUGGCAAUGAGGAAAAUAAUUGUUUGCUAGACCCGUGAAUAUGUUUGGAUUGUUGGAACUGACGUACGAAGUGUAUUAUAUAUAAAUGAGUUGGCAGUGUGAAAUAUUUGUUGUGGUUUGAAAUCGG